UGACGAUCAGCGAACCUCUACUCGUCCAGUCCGCGUAAGUAUUCUCGUGACUAAAGUAUAACACUCGUUACCAGACCGUGUCGAGCUCGAACUCUUUAUAGCACGACACAACUUACAAACCUUCCCAUAGACCAUAAUUAUUAGAGCGCAGAUUUUUACAUAUUUUAUUAAAUAUUUUUCGUUUUACAGCAACAGGGUGUUGCUGAUGAUUCCACAGCAAACCAGGCGCAUGGGACCACCAUCGUGGCAAUCUUCUCUACCGCGUUCCAGAAAAUCGUACGCCAGCGAAGUUCAUUAUCACAAGUAUCACGGUCCUCCCGUACACUAUCACUCGAAGAAAUCUGUGUAUGGAAGUUCACCGUUUCCUCAUGGAGGAGAUGACUUCGAUCAAGGCUACGAACAUGUGAACCACGUGAACAUACCUUAUGGCAAGGGCAUCAGUCAUGCAGUUUCUUACGGAAAGGGUUACAUCCCUUACGACCAGAUUAAGGGUAGCGUCUCGUUUGGUCGUGAAAGGAAUCCAAGUUCCCAAGAGCACAAGUACACGUCGGAAUCGGAAUAUUCGUCGCCACCGUUCUCCUCAUCCGACGCCCAGUAUUCACCUUCGUCGUACGAGUCUUCGCAGCCAGAGACCUUCUUCCCGGAUGCAGAGACAGCCUUGAACUACAACGAGAAGCAAAGUGACCGCAAGAGAUUCUACUCUUCGAGAUCCAUCGAGAAGGACUUCGUUACGAACAAUCCGAUCGACCUCGGCGCCGCCACGAACAAGGAUCAGAUACUCCUGCUCCAGCAGAAGGCUACCGAUCUCUACAAGAACAUCGUUUCUCAGCCGCAAGGUGGCGUCCUGUUACCAGCUGGCGUUCCAUCGGCCACUAUCGGUGGCAGCAAAGAGGGAAUCGUGUUGAGAGAUACGAUAGCUUUAGGCGAAUAUCAACAAAAGCUCCAAGAGAUGACCAAAUCCUGGCCACAGUUUUUAUCUAACGCGGCUACAACUUUGGGAAACAGUUAUCAAAACCAACAGGUUAGCGCGAGUUACUCGACGGGUGGCUCUACGACUCCUGGUUUUAGUGGCUGGUCAGUGAAUUUUGCUCAGCCGAAGCAAGGCUACGACGUUAAGGAGGACACUAUGGAACCGCCAGUUGAUUUUAGGAACAUGCCUAUUCAGAGUUCGCCUUAUCAUACGUUCCCUGCUCCGAUGAACGUGGUGCUCCCGGCGCCCACGCAGGCGGUUCAUGGUUAGAUAGAUUAGGGUUGUUUCGUUAAUUUAGAUAUUUUUAAGGGUAUUGUUGGUGGAAGAGAUACAGCGAGACGAUGAGAUCGGGUUCGCAUUAAAGUUUGUAUGUUUCGUUGAAAAUAUGUAUCGGAAGAUGUAUUAGAAGGGAUAAGGAAUUUGAGACCACGUUUAGGAUUGUACGAUGUUGGUUCAAUUAUCUCUUUCUUUGUGUUACAUAUUCAAAGAAUUUUGAAUAAUUUAGAACUUGAGAGGUAGAUUCCGGAGAUACAUAAUUUGUUACUCUCUAAGUUACAAUGGAGGAACAAUGCGAGAACAAUGUGCAUAGAAGAUGAACUUGAGUAUCUCGCUUCAUCAUUUCCACUAAGUAUAAUACAAUGACAUGCAUGGAGGACGAAUGC